AUGUUCCAGCGCAUUCGCGGCGCCAUAGACGCCCGCAUCGCCGAAGAACAAGCCCGCCAACGAGAAGCCGCCGGCACCGCCGCCCGUCCAGCCCGUCGCCCAUCAACACGCACUGCCACAAACAACCGACAACGAAGCAACAGCAACAUACCACAAACCCGCGGACCCGACCCGAAGGAAUUCGAGUUCUCUAUUGGCGAUGAUGAUUCUACUGGUACACCGGCGUCGGGGCUGAGUCGCGCAGGGACGCCGAGGUUAGAGACUGGUAACACUACUUCGGGAUCUACGGCUGCGGAUAGUGCACAGAAUGAGGGAUCGGAACAGACUGAGGGAGGAGAGAAAAGGGAUGCCGCCGAAGAGGGCAAGGAUAAUACGGAGAAGCCGCCCGAGUUACCGAUUGAAGUGAGGUCGAAAUUGCGACGGUUGGAUAAGAUUGAGUCUAGAUACCAUGAGCUUCACAAAGCGUACAAAGCGGCGCAUGCGCGCGUGCUAUUGGUCGAAUCAUUCGAGUCCGCCCUAAGAGAAAAUACGCCUCUGACAUCGAUCGGAGACCCGAAAGCGUUGACGGAAUAUUUGAAUCAGAUGUCGCUGAAGAAUGAUAUGUUGAUGGACGAAUUGAAAAGGGUGACUUCUGACCGGGACGAUUACAAGAAGAAAUUGACCGAAGCGGAGAAGGCGACGAAAGAGGCGUUGGAUGAGGUUGCGGCCCUCAAGGAGCAGAAAAAGACGGAAGAUAUUGUGGAAGAGAAGGAUGAGAAGAAAAAACUCGACACCGAAAAGUCGGCUGAAUCAGAGGACUUUUUCUCGUUCGAUAAUGAGAUUCCGCGACUAGAGUCGGAGGUUCAGGAGAAGCAGGAACAGAUUGAGAAGCUGUCGACAGAGGUGGAUAAGCUCAAGCGCGAUUUGACUGUGGCGCGAGAGUCGACGGAGAGUAUGGUUGUUACUCUGGAAUCGACAACGAGAGAGUUGGAAGGAUUACGAGAUGCAAAGGAUAAGCACGAAUCUGAGAUUGAAGCAGUCAAGUCUGCGAAGCAAAAGGAGAUUGACGAGGUCAAGUCGAAACUUGAAGCUGCGGAAUCUGCUGUCGAAAAGGCGACUACGGAGUUAUCAGACGUCAAGCGCCAGCUCACCGAAAAGUCGGAAGAGAUUGAUCGUCUGAAGGCGGAAGGUGCGAAUGCGACUUCAAAAGCAGACACUUCGGAAUUGACAGAAAAUAUUGCUUCAGUCGAAAAAGACAAGGCGGAUAAAGAGAAGCGCAUAGGUGUUAUUGAAGGAUUGGUCGACAAGUUGAAAUCUCAGGUCAAAGAAGGCCAGGAGACUGUAUCUUCUCUCCGAACGCAGCUUGCUGUAAAGAGUUCCGAAUUGGAAGGUUUGGAGAAGAUUGUCAAGUUUGUCGAUGAUGGUCUUGAUUUCUCACCGAAGUGGAAGACGACGCGCGAAUCUGUCAUGGCAGGAAAGCCGGCCAACUUUAAUGACGUACGUGAGAUAUUGCAGGGUGAGAAGACCACCCUUGAAGGAGCUCCAACACCCGCAUCAGCCCCGACUCAGGAGACCCAAGCAAGUGCCGGCGGCAAAAAGAAGAAGAACAAAAAGAAGAAGGGCAAACAGACGGAGGAAGCUGCCAAAGAAACUGCAGAGGAACCGGCAACAGAGGCACCUUCAACGGAGACGGCAGACGUUGCUGCUUUGGAAAAGAAGAUCGAGGAUCUGACUGAACAGCUGAACGCAAAAGAAGCCGCAAUUGAACGUUUGCAUGCUAAACUAAAGGGUGAGGACGAUCUCAAAGAAGAGAUCGAGUCUCUACGAGAUGAACUACUUCAUAUCGGCCAAGAGCAUGUCGAAGCUAAAGAUCAGGUCAAAGCGUUACUGGCCGAAAAGGCAGCUUUGGAAGAAGCUCGCGCAAAGAUUGAAAAGGAGGUUGCCGAGUUGCGUACGAAUCAUGCAUCCGCUAAUGCUGAUUCUGAGAAACUACAUACCGAUCUACAGGCUGAAUUCGAGGAGUUGAAGCACAAAUCGACUACUCUAGAGAAAGACCUUUCUGCUGCUCAACAGCUAGCCGCGUCGCGAUUCAAGGAUUUGACUGAUUUGCGUAACACGAUGCAAAAGUUGUCGCCGGAAUUGAAGAAUCUGCGCGCCGAAUCUGCAGAGCUGAAAUCGACAAAAGAAGAGCUCAGCAAAAAGAUGGCCGAAUUCAAGAAGCUCGAGAACAAGCACGAAGACCUGCGUACGGAGGUCAAGUCGCUUAAGUCGAGUAUCGCUGAUCGCGAGAAUGAAGUCAAGACUCUCAAUCAGAAAAUCAGGCAGGAAACCGAUAGCCGACUCAAGGCUGAGGAGUCAUUGUCACUCGUCAAGUCUGAUUUGCGUCAGAGCGAGACGAGGAAACAACAGGCGGUUGAAACACAAGAGAGGACAUCGAAAGACUUGGCAAAAGCACAAGAAGAGUUGAAGAACAUACGAGCGAAAAUGCGAGAGGCAGAAGAAAAAUCUACCCAACUCGAUCGAGAGCUGAGCAGUCUGAGAGAAGAGAUCCAGCUCAAGACAGCCCAACACGCCAGUGCGCAAAGCCUGAUGACCAGCAUGCGGGACCAAACGUCCGAAAUGGCAAUGCAAAUGAAAGAAGCCCGCGAGCGAUGCGAGAGUCUGGAAGAAGAGCUUGCCGAGGCUCAUCGCCUGUUGACCGAAAGAAGUCGCGAAGGCGAGACCAUGCGCCGUCUUUUGAACGAAAUUGAAGGUCGCACAGAUGCCAAGAUCCGCGACUUUAAAGAACGACUCGAAGCGGCAAUUGAAGAGCGGGACAAAGCUGAAGAUGAAGCAAAUACUAUGGGCCGUCGCCGUGCUCGGGAAUUAGAGGAACUGAAAAACAAAGUCCGCGAAACGGAAAAGGCACUUAAAGUUGCCGAAAACGACAAAGAAGAGUUGGAGUAUGCGCAACGCGAUUGGAAACGAAGAAGAGACGAUUUGGAACUUCAAGCCGAGCGCUCGACGCAAGAAGUCAAGGAGGUCCGGCAAGCAAUGGUCCAAUUGCGCGAUGCACUGGACGAAAGCGAACGACAAGUACGAGAAAUGGAGAAAGAAAAGGCGGAACUACGUCGCUCGAUCGAAGAGACAAACAACCGACUGGAAAAGCUGCGCAAAGCAAACAAAGCUCUUACAGAUGAAUUCAGUCGUGCCGGAAGCCCCCAGAACGGCAACGGCACUACCACUACCGCUGGCGCCGGGAAAAGGCCAUCAACAAUGGAGUCGGGCAUCACCUCGUCCCGCUCGUCAAUCGACUCGAGCCGCCGAGGUACUCCACUCCUCCCCGGCUCGCGCGAACGAAACCCGUCCGUCGCACGCAGCGAGACACCCACCGAGCGCAGCCAAGGCGGCGGUUCUAUUGACUAUAUAUACCUGAAAAACGUCCUGUUGCAAUUCCUCGAGCAAAAGGACAAGACUCAUCAGAAGCAGCUCAUUCCGGUUUUGGCGAUGCUGUUACAUUUUGACCGGAAUGAUGAGCAGCGAUGGAUGUCUGCUGUGAUGUCUCGGUAG